AUGUUCCCUACCACAAUCCAGCCUCCCAAACAUCUCGCCUAUGUAGAGUGGUUCACUCGGUUUCCUCCUACACCUGAUUCAAACCAUGGAAUGUUCAAAGUCAGCCGCAUUGUGCAAUCGGGUGAGAGAGUUGCAAGCAUUAUACCUGUCGCAAAUAUCCACCGAAGUGUUCAUCUUAUUCCAAAGUUCGGACCUGCCACACCUCGUCAAUGGACAAGUAGCGAAGUCCUCAAACAAUGUAACACUUUUUUGUUAAUUCUUAUAUUGAUAGGCAUAAAUUUGUGUGACAAUUAG